AUGGCCGUCCCCAACCGAGGCCCCGAGCUGCUUGCAGUCAACAUUGUCUUUGUCACGACAGCCGUGGCAGCCUGUCUGCUGAGGUGCUACGUCCGCGUGAGAAUGGUCAAGGCUUUUGGCCUCGACGACUGGCUGAUGGUCAUCGCGACACUCUUCUUCAUCGCCUACACCACUUCUUCGUGCAUCGGUAUCCACCACGGAACAGGACACCAUCAUCGUGACCUGUCCCCUGACCAGAUCAAGAACGCAAAGCACGCCUGGUACUUUUGCUACCUGUUCUACUCGGUAUCCAUGGUCUGCUCCAAAUUGUCAAUUGGGUUCCUCCUAUUGCGCAUCAGCAUUCGGAAACUCCACACGUGGAUUGUCUACAUGGCCAUGUUGGUCUCUGUCGUUGCCGGAGGUACCUUUUUCUUUGUCUGUCUCUUCCAGUGCUACCCCGUCUCGUACAUGUGGGACCGCAUCUCGCAGCAGGGGAAAUGCGUCGAUAAUACUGUCAUCACCAUCCUUGGCUAUGUCUACAGCAUCUUCAGCAUCAUUUCUGAUUUUACGUUUGCCAUUAUCCCAGCCUUUAUGGUCUGGCAUUUGCAGUUGAAGAGGAGGACAAAGAUUGCUCUGAUCCCCUUGAUCACAAUGGGCUGCGUUGCCAGUGCUGCUGUCAUUGCGCGUCUGCCCUUUGUCCACUUUUUCAACUCGCCCGACUUUCUUUGGUCCACGCUUGAUAUUGCCAUCUGGUCCACAGUCGAACAAGGCCUUGCCAUUACUGCCGGCAGUCUUGCAACACUCCGCCCCCUUUUGUUCAUCGCCAUGCACAAGCUCGGUCUAUCUACACGCAAUCCAUCUGCUUAUCGCCCAUCAGCCUACGGCGUGUCGGCACCACUGCCAGCCAACGGCGCUGCAUCAGGCAUCAACUCCAAAGCCGACAAGCUGCGACCAGACCAAUACAAGCUCUCGGCGACUGUCCAAACGCGCAGCUCGGAAGAAGACAACAUGCACGGCGGAAAAUCGGCCAACUGGUUCGGCACUGGCGCGCCGCCAAACUCGAAGAAGUCGACUCGUCUGGACAGUGCCGACAACGAAAGCGAGAGGAGUCUGAGAAUCACGAGUUCGCGGGGCAGUCUUGAGGAUGCUUUUCAGAGUGGCAUCAUGGUGUCAAAAUCGUUUUACAUCACGGACGAAGAAAGGGGGUCGGUUGUGUCUGCGCCGUACAGAUGA